GCGCAGAGGCGGCGGCGAUGCCGGCGGGGGCGGGGCCGGCUGAGGGAGGCACAAAGAUGGCGGCGGGUGCGGCGGGAGUUGUUGCCAUGGCGGCCCGCGGGAGGGCCCCCGCCGACGGGACGCUGUGUCGGGCCGCCGGGCGCAGGGGGCUGUGAGCAGGCCCCGCCAUGCCCCAGGCCUCGGAGCACCGCCUGGGCCGCGCCAGGGACCCCGGCGCCGUGGUGACCGCGCAGCCCCGCGCGGGCUCCCGCCUGCCCAGCGGGCACCGGGCGCUCAGCCAGGAGCGCCAUGCGGCCCCCAACGGGCUGUCCCCGGCCCCCAAACUGCGCCUGCUGCCCCCCCGGCCCCCGCCGCCCCCCGACGACCCCCGCCCCAAGAAGCUGGAGCUGGAGCGGGGCCGGGCGGCCAAACGGGGGGACCCCGCUCCCCGCGGGCCGGGCGGGCGCCGGGGGCCGCUCAAGGCCGAUCACGGCGUGAGGGUGCCCGGGGGAGCCCCGCAGGUGCCCGGCAGCGCCUCCUUCUCGCUGCCCAGCGCGGCCGAGCGCCGCCGGAGCAACCUGGCCCGCUCCAAAUCCAUCAGCAUCGGCGACCUGAGCCAGGGAGGCGGCGGCGGCGGCGUCGCCGGUGUGCCCAGCCGCGCCGAGGACGUGGCGGUGGCGCUGAGCCGGCUGGUGCUCAGGGACUGCGGGCACCCGCUGGGCGCGGGCGCGCUGGCGCUGCGGAGGAGCUCGUCGCUGCGCAGGGUCACCGUGGCCGCCGGGCCCGACGGCAAGGGCACGCCGCCGCUGCUGUCCGUGCGCCCCGAGGGCGGCCCCCGCGCCCGCUCCGACCCCGCCUUCGGCCCCGGCAGCCCCGCGCCCGGCCGGACCGAGGACAAGGCGGCCGCCACCCACCACGCGCUGCUGCUGGGCUCGGGCCACGUCGGCCUCAGGAAUCUGGGCAACACGUGCUUCAUGAACGCGGUGCUGCAGUGCCUGAGCAGCACCAAACCGCUGCGGGACUACUGCCUGCGCCGCGACUUCCAGCAGGAGCAGCCCCCCGGCCCCCGCGCCCCCCAGGAGCUCACCGAAGCCUUCGCCGAUGUCAUCGCCGCCCUCUGGCACCCCGACUCCUCCGAGGCCGUCAACCCCGGGCGCUUCAAGGCCGUGUUCCAAAAAUACGUGCCCUCCUUCACGGGUUACAGCCAGCAGGACGCGCAGGAAUUCCUCAAGUUCUUCAUGGACCGGCUGCACGUGGAGAUCAACAGGAAGGGCCGGCGCACCCCCAGCAUCCUGUCGGACACACGGAGACCCCCGGCCCUGGAGGACCCCGAAACGCUCAGCGACGACGAGCGCGCCAACCAGAUGUGGAAGCGCUACCUGGAGAGGGAGGACAGCAAGAUCGUGGAUCUCUUUGUGGGGCAGCUGAAGAGCUGCCUCAAGUGCCAGGCCUGCGGCUACCGCUCCACCACCUUCGAGGUGUUCUGCGACCUCUCGCUGCCCAUCCCAAAGGUAGGGGUGGGGCGACCCCCAAAAACCCUUCAUACCCCAAAAAAACCCUUCAGACUCCUCCAUAAACCCCUCAGACCCCCUGCCCCUCAGGUGUGUGACAAGUGCCGGCAGCGCACGCGCAGCACCAAGAAGCUGACGAUCCAGCGCUUCCCACGCAUCCUGGUGCUCCACCUGAACCGGUUCUCCACCACGCGCUACUCCAUCAAGAAAUGCUCGGUCUUCGUGGACUUCCCCCUGCAGCAGCUCAACCUGCGGGAGUUCGCCAGCGAGAAGGCGGGCAGCCCUGUCUACAGCCUGUACGCGCUGUGCAACCACUCGGGCAGCGUGCACUACGGGCACUACACGGCCUUCUGCCGCGACCCGGCCGGCUGGCGCGUCUACAACGACUCCCGCGUCUCGCCCAUCAGCGAGAACCAGGUGCCGUCCAGCGAGGGCUACGUGCUGUUCUACGAGCUGGAGGAGCCGCCCGGCCGCAGGGCCUGAGAGCCGCGCCCGGAGCCGCCUGCGGGCCGGGCUGCGGGGGAGCGCCCCGGGAACCCCCGGAGCCCCCCGGGAACCCCCGGAGCCCCCCGGGAACCCCCCGGGACCGCCCCCGGAGCCCCCCGGAGAGGGCGGUGCGGAGGGAGCGGCCGCAGCCCGCGCGGCCCCGGGGGGUUUUGUGAAUAAAUUUAUUAAAAAAACCCCAAAAA